AUGUGCCACAAUUCGGGUGUGGGAUAUCUACUUAGUCCUAGCCUUGAACAGCGGCUAUCGAUUCCCCACAGUGAAAUCCAUUCGACUGUUGGCCUCUGUGAGACUGUCGAAGACGAUCUACAAUCCACAAAGACCACUGACAGUGCCAAUUACAAUGAUGCAACCUUCCUUGUAACGAUGCGAUGCUUAAGCUGGUGGGAUUCCACAUGGCAUCAGGCCAUACGUUCGAGAACCGUUACGAGCGAUGGUAUGGGAGGGUUUCACCAAGAUUGGGAAGAGUCUGUUAACGCGACUGACCUCCGCUCCAUCAUGUCAGAUGCCUUUCACGUUUCGCCGGCCCAAGUUGAAGAAUCUCAUGCCUACUUUCGGGCCCAUCAAAUUGAAAUCAUGAAGGACAACAUUCAAGGCCAAUGUUCGUCGUUGCAGCCUCGUGGUUCGACUUGCAAAGAAGCUUACCCAGCCAAAACUCUCAACAAGUACAUAUCUCAGAUAGAAAAACAAGAACAGCAGCUAAUACAAGAACAUAAAAAGAAGAGGAUGCAGCGGUGGCGACUAGGGGCUAAUUCAAUGGCAGAACAGGAAAACCAUGAGAAGGAUUUUUAUUUCCGACCGACAAGGACUGAGAGAAAUUUCAGUUUACGCCUGCGAUGCCCAUCGGUCGGUCGCAUUUGGGAGGUCUUUUUAGAGCUUAUUGGGUCAAUUUGUUGA